UUUGGAUUGAUCCAACAGGAUGUGAACUUCUGGGGCACUGUUUAUCCAACUUAUUUUGCAAUUCCUCACCUCAAGAAGACCAAGGGCAAGAUUUUUGUUAACUCAUCUUCUUGUGCAUUUCUGCAGCCGCCAAGAUUGAGUUUCUACAGUGCAAGUAAAGCAGCAUUAAUAGGCUUCUUCGAGGCACUGAGAAUUGAGCUGGCUCCUUCAGUCACCAUAACAAUUGCCACUCUUGGUAUAAUAGAUUCCGAGAUGUCCCGGGGAAAAAAUCUUAUCCAAGGAUGGAGAACUCAUACUAUCCCCAGAAAACAGCAAAGGUGUUUUUGAGGGAUUCCCAGUGAUGAACACUGAGCCAGCUACUAAGUCCCUUGUCGAUAGUAUCUGCCGAGGAGAAAGGUAUGUGACUGAGCCACAAUGGUACGGAGCG